AUGCGACGGCCCACUGCUGACGCCCGAGCCAGACUGGCCCGACCUGUUGCAUUUGACUUUGCCUCAUGGAGGCGGGGGCCCAAGCACCACGCAGUUGUUGCGUCCAUUCCAUGGUGCGCAGGCUGGGUCUUUGGCAAGCGGCGUAGUGAGCCUUUGAGCUUUUCUUUGAAGUGCCUGCGUGGCUCCGUACAACAGAUGGACGAGCGUGCCCAAAGACUUCGUGUUGCAACGGCUGAGGUUCUUAGACAGGCGGGAUCUGACGCUACGGUUGCUAGUAUCAACAAGCAAGUCCUGGCAUUCUGCUCGCAUCUCUAUCCCCGGACUGGUUACAUUCCCAUCACUAAGCCCAGUAUGAGCCAGAGUGUUGUAGGCGCGGUUGCUGAGCUCUGGGCACGACAGGAUGCCAUCCAACAGGCACCGCCCGCGGUUGGUAUUCGCUCGGCCAUGGCCGCGCUUCAGCGCACAAUGGCGUUCAAGCAAGCCAGUAGGAAACUUAGGCAGGCUAGUAGAGCGGCUAGGCGGGACUGGUUUGAGGCUAGGAUAAGGGAAGCGGAGCAGGCUGCCGAACGACAUGAUAUAGGCGGUGUCUAUCGUGUUCUGAACUUGCUUGCACCCAAGCGUAGACGCGAGCAGGUCCGCAUCAAAGGCCCGGCGGGGGAACUGCUAGGACCCAAAGCGGAGUUUGAGGAAAUCUUUGCUUACUACCAGAAGGUCUUUAGCAGGGACGUGCCAUUCGAUUUACCCAAGGCUCCGGUUGACGCUGUUAGUGAGGAUGAUGUUCUGGAGGCCAUUGGAAUGCUCAAAGGGGGAAAGGCGGUUCCACCUAGCAGUGUGCCUACGGAAAUUUGGCUGCUCUGCCCGGCGGAGUAUGCUGCAUUCCUAACGCCUCGCCUCAAUCCCGGGGAGGAUGGCACUGCUAACUACCCACCCGAGGCCAGCAUGAGCGGGGACCUGGCCAUGGAGGACGCCCUGGCGGAGCAUGCCCGGGAGGAGCUGGCGACGGUUCUUGGCCAGAAGGAGACCGACAUGGAGCGGGAGACCGGGAAGUCUCCGCAGAAGGAGCUGGAGGAGGACGGAGAGCGCCGCCCCAAGUGGCAGAGAGAAAACAACAAAGGGGGCAAAGGACAAUCCUCCAAUUCUUGGGAGGGAUGGCGCACGGGAAAGAGGCAGUGGGAGCGUGGCCAGCAGAAGGAGAGCGGGGAGACGGCCACGGAGGACAAUCACCAGACCAAGGAGCUCCUCAAGUGCCUCGUGAAGAUGUCGGUCCGGCACGAGCAGGAGCUGAUGCGCAUCAGGCCAGAUGUGGGGUUCAUAGCAUUCUGCGAUACCUCAGACCUCGGAUGCAUGCACCUGCUGAAGACCGUCGCAAAGAGCUGGUCGGACCUCUACACGCAGGGGAAGGUGACCUCCUCUCUCAAGGUCAUAAUGGCAAUGGCCAUGAUGAAGGAUAUCCGCGAGCGGGCGGAGAAGGCACUCCAGGACGAGGAGCAGCUCCAACGCUGCUUCAACGUUGGCUGGGUGCAGCAGGGAGCCACGGCGCUGGAUCCAGUGUGGGUGUACCACACGUGGAAUGCCAAGGAGAAGAAACAAGAGGUGGCAGAGACGCCACCCCUGAAGCACUCGGAGGUGAUGAGGCUCCUGGACCUACUGAUCGAGCACCUCCCGCGGGAGGGUGUGCUCACCCGCUUCGCUUCCACAAAGCGGCUGGAUCUGAUGCAGGAGUUCAAGACGGAGGUGGUCCCGAUGAUGCUGCAGCUAAGCCUGAGGGGGAACUCAAGCCAGCUAUGCUACGACGCUCUGAAGGCCUUGAGCGGGAAUGCGGUCAUGAAGCUCCAGGGAGUGCGCUGGAGGCCGGAGAGGGCUCAGAAGCCUCCAUUGGCCAAAGCUCUGGAGGAGGCCUAUUUGGCAACCGCUUUCUGCGAUUGGGCGCCGAGAGACCAGCAGUCGUGGGCGGUGCUAUGGAUCGUGGAGCUCACCGGUGUUGCGGUGGGAAGGCUGAAGGCUGAGGCGUGGGAAGUUUGCUGGGAGGCACGCCUCUCUAAUCCUGCGCGUGUCACUGACGGAGGCGACCGGCUGGCGGUACCAGUGUUUGAGGGGCCAAACGGCCUGGACCUUCGGCAUGUUGUGGCCGAUGAAGAACUGGAGCUGCUCCGCUGCCUACGUUCCUUUCUGCCUGUGCACAAGCACCAACCCUCCUUCACAUUGCUGACCAGAAAUGAACUGGUGACGGUGGCGCGUGAGCUGCUUGAUGACGAGUCGUGGUCAGUCUUCAAUGGUGUCGCAUCGCGGGGGAGCGAGGGACAGGAGGCGGAGGUGUUCGUCUCUUUUCCACCGCCGUGUUACCGUGACAUCACGACCGCCUCAGAGGCUGAGAAGGUGGCGGAAAUGUGCCUGCGGGAAGGUUCAGGCUCACUCUGGUCCUCGGCCAGGGAG